AUGCAAUCAAUACGGCAGUCAUUAACAGCUGCAUUUAAACAACGUUUGACAUUUACACGUCCUUCGUUGAUUGUACAGCAAGUUCGUUAUGAUGGCAGUGAUCCAAGUUCAUCAGCUUAUGGAAAAAGUGGGAAACAGACUGAUCCAAACAAAGGUAGCGAUUUAAAUAAAACGAAGACUAGUGAUAAAAAACGAAAAUUGAAGUCAGUCGAUGAUACAAAACAGCCAGGUACAAAACGACAGGAUUGGAGUGAUCCAACUAAAACGACUAGUAACGAUCCACCUUAUGGAAAAGCCGGUGGCUCCACAGAUGCACAUAAUCCAGACCGUGGGAAACAACCAUAA